AUGUCGGACAAGGAUAAGUUGGCCAAGUAUCGGACGGAGAUCCAGCAGAUGAUGUUCGUCUCUGGUGAGACUGGCGAACCUUCACCCGAAACAACCACCUUGAUCGAGUCGAUCGUACAAGACCAAGUACAGCACAUGUUGCGGGAAUGUACCGCCCUUGCCACCCGCCGUGGUUCAAAAUCCAUCUCCACUGACGACCUAUUCAUGCUUAUCCGGCACGACCGCGCCAAAAUCUCGCGUCUCCGCCACUUCCUCCAGUGGAAAGAUGUCCGACGCUCCGUCAAAGACUCCGAUGACAAAGGCGGCGAUGCAGGCGCCGACGUCGGAGCCGGAGACGCAGACAUAGCUGUUGGCGUAGUAGGCGCAGGCGGACCUGGUGCCGCUCCCGUCGACGCCUCCAAGAAAGCCAAGCGAGCCAAAGUCGAUCUCGUCUGGGACGUUCAAUCCUUCUUUACCGAGUUCCCCCCUCAAAAAGACGACGUGGAAGACGAGGAAGAAGAGGAGAUGAACUACGCAACCUUGCAGCGCCUCAAGAACGCAGACGAGCGGACAAAGAACAUGACACGUGAGGAAUACGUGCACUGGUCCGACUGCCGUCAAGCAUCCUUUACCUACCGCAAGAGCAAGCGCUUCAAAGAAUGGGCGGGAUUCGGCCUCAUCACCGAUUCCAAACCCUCCGACGAUAUCAUCGAUAUCCUGGGUUUCCUGACGUUUGAAAUUGUCCAGACGCUUACCGAGGAGGCGCUCAAGGUCAAGGAUGCAGAGGAUCUGUACAAGAAAAAUCACGGUGGCGAGCAGAAUCGCCUCAAGAGGAAGCGCGAACGAGGCUUGUUUGAUCCCCCAGAGGAGGCUAGGGAACCAGUGCAGCCAAGUCAUGUGCAAGAGGCAUACAGGAGGCUCCAGAGGGGCAACAACAAGGCUAAGGCUAUGCUCAACUUUACACGGGCUGUGCAUAGAAGCGCUCUGAAAUUGAUCUAA